UCAGCAGGCAGACAUCCCUCCUCCCUCCCCGUAAGUGGAAGAGUUCGCGUGCACUCAUCCACAGUCCGUCAGUGAGCAGGCAGCAGCACCGGCUACCGACCAGACUGGACCGGACCACCGCAGGAUCGAACAGGAUGGCCAACUGGACGCGGCUCCUCUGCGGUCUGGUUCUCAUCAUCGGGCUGCUCUCCCCUCCCGCGGAUUCAAAAAGGAACCGAGCUUCACAGGGCGCCAUUCCUCAUCCUGACAAAAACAACCCAAACCAAUCGGAGCAGCAGCCGCAGCCUCCGCAUGCGGGUUCCGGGUCCCGCCGGAGGACCGGUGCGUCCACCCCGGCUGAGGAGGUGCUGGAGUCCAGCCAAGAGGCUCUCCACGUGACGGAGCGCCAGUACCUGAAGCGGGACUGGUGCAAGACGCAGCCGCUCAAACAGACCAUCCACGAGGAGGGCUGCGUCAGCCGAACCAUCAUCAACCGCUUCUGCUACGGACAGUGCAACUCCUUCUACAUCCCGCGGCACGUGCGCAGGGAGGAGGGCGCCUUCCAAUCGUGCUCGUUCUGCAAACCCAAACGGUUCACCACCAUGACGUACACCCUGCGCUGUCCGGACCAGCAGCCGCCCACCAAGAAGAAACGGAUCCAGCGCGUCAAACAGUGCCGCUGUAUCUCCAUUGAGCUGGACUGAGAACUAGCGCGUGUCCGAAAGGACGCGUCCCACUCGGUGCAUUGGCCUCGUGCGCAAAGCGUGAACGUGCAACUGCGCCGAAAGUUCGGCUUCUGUGCAGUUUGACAGAGGCUGCGCGGGGACCUGGCACGUUUUUACGCACGGCUUCAUCACCGCGGUGACUGCGUGACCCGAUUUUACUUCAGAGUCACGGAGACAGAGAACAUCGGGGACACAUUUUCUGCUUUUUUGUGUUUGGUGGACUGAAUAUUUCCACUGUGUGGAAUUUAACGGAUGAGCGGUGGUUUGUCAGCGGCUCGAAGAAUCGUGUAAAUCCGGGAACGACAAAGACCCGAACCUCCUCUGUGCGUGUCUCUGCUUCAAAAUGAUGUCUGUGAAUUUUGAAGAAGUUAUGUUGGGUUAUUUGUAGAAUUAUGACACUUUAGGUCGUGUACAGCGGCGGUUUGUUGGGCAUAAAAUAUAUGUGAAAUGUAACCGAAUUGUUUGCUUGGAUUAACUUAUCCAUGAAAUCAUAAAAUAAACGCAUAUUGACA